CUUUGAUCAGUCUUUUCCCACUAGAGAUGAGGUCUCUGAAACUAGUUGGCUGAUUAACGAAAGUUAUAAGGGCCAUAAAAAUGUUUUUGACUCCCAAAAACGUAAAAAGAGGAAGAAAUCUAUUAAGGAAAGAAAGUCUUCUCCUCUUAGUAUUAGACUAAAGACAAGCAGCAAGAAAAGAAACAAGCGGAAAUUAAAAAAAGAAGAAAACAAGAUAAUCCACUUUGAGGAGACUAAUAAUAUAGAAAGUUUAAAACUUGACACAAAAGAAAAGUUCAAUUCAAAAAUUUUGACUUGCGAUUAUUGGGAAAAUGGUUCAAAUCCGUACAAAAACAAGUCAAGAGUUAUUUUUACUGUCAUCACUGAUAAGCAAGGAGAUAUUAAUAAUGAAAUAUAUGAAAAUAUCGGAACGAAAAUUCCUGUAUAUAUAAGAAUGGAACCUAUAGCUUUGCAAAGUGUUAGUAAAACUAAAGGAAAGCAUGUUUUAUAUGAAAUUUAUGACGACUUUUCGGCACCUUUAAGAAAAAGAACUGCAACAGCCCGUUAUUACGAAAAGUUGGUUAAAGUUUCUUCUAAGUUAAAAAGUUUAUCUGAUUAUCAAGGAAACCUCCGAAUUUACGGAGGUGGAGAAGAAACUUCGUCUUUAAGUUUAUUGUCCUCAAAGUUGACCUCUAACGAGACUGUGCCUGUGGAAAAAGAACAAUUAGAUUUAUUAACAGAAUAUAACAAGAAAACCAAAGAAGAUCCAUUCAACGUUGCUUCAUGGAUAUCACUUGUGGAAGCUCAGGAAAUCUUUUAUAAGCAUAACCAGAAUCUAAAUAGGGAAGCUGGUACAGUUUUAAAAGCUAAGGACACCUCCCUGCUCACUUCACGUGAUAUUAAGAAUAUUGUAUUCCUGUGUGCUUUAUAUACUUAUUUAUAUUUAUUGGUGACUCCGUUCACCGCUAAACUAAACUAUGUUAUAGUUAUUUACAUUUUUAUUAGGCUUCGAUGA